AUGAGUUUCAAAGGUUUCUCGAAAGGCGUUGUGCGGGCCCCUCAAAAUUUCAAGGCCCGCUUCAACAUUGGCGAGCACACGAAAGAUGCCGUCUAUAUGGAUGCCGAGAGGCGCUUUCAGGAGCUAGAACGAGAGACGAAGAGACUGCACGAUGAGUCGCAGAAAUACUUCGGCGCAAUUAAUGGCAUGCUCAACCACCAGAUCGAAUUCUCCAAAGCCAUGACCGAACUCUACAAACCCAUUUCCGGGCGCGCCUCCGACCCCGAUUCAUACGUGGUGGAAGGAAACCCCGAGGGCAUCCAGGCCUGCGAGGAAUACGAGGCCAUUGUGGCCGAACUACAGGAAUCGCUAGCGCCCGAGCUGGAGCUGAUCGACAGCCGCAUCGUCAGCCCGGCGGACCAGCUACUUGAGGUGAUCAAGGUGAUCCGGAAAGUGGCGGUCAAGCGGGAUCACAAGAAGUUGGACUACGAUCGCCACCGCACCACGCUGAAGAAGCUGGAGGAGAAGAAGGACAAGUCGCUGAAGGACGAGAAAGCCCUGUACCGCGCCGAGAACGACGUCGAGCAGGCGACGCAGGAGUUCAACACCUACAACGACCUGCUGAAGGAGGAACUCCCCCGGCUGUUCCAGCUCGAAGCCGAGUUCAUCCGCCCGCUGUUCCAGUCCUUCUACUACAUGCAGCUGAACAUCUUCUACACGCUGCACGAGAAGAUGCAGGGCAUGAACAUCAACUACUUCAACCUAACCCUGGACGUCAUCGAGGCCUACGAGGCGAAACGCGGCAACGUCCAGGAGCAGGCCGAGGCGCUCGUCAUCGUCCACUUCAAGACCAAGGGCCUGGGCCGCCACAACCCCAAGCUCGCCGGCAAGGGCAAGCUGGACGACAAGGGGAACAGCUUCGCCGGGCGGCGGAGAGACUCCGACGGCGUCGACAACCCCCCGCCGCCGUAUACCGCCGCGACCGCCGCGUCCGUCACGAGCAGCCCCUCCGGCAGCUUCAGCGGCAAGAAGCCCGCCCCGCCACCGCCGAAACCCAAGCCGUCCCGUCUGGCGCAGCACACCGAGACCGUCACCGCGCUGUAUGACUACGAGGCGCAGGCGCAUGGCGAUCUGAGCUUCUCCGCUGGGCAGGUGAUCCAGAUCAUCCACCGCACGGAUAACACGAAUGAGUGGUGGACGGGUAGGGUUGACGGACGGGAAGGACAAUUCCCAGCCAACUACGUUCAACUCAACUAG